UUGCUUGGGUACAGGAACAAUGGUGAAAAUCUUGAAGCAUGUGCGGACAACAGACUGGGAUAGGGAGAGAUUGAAUAUGUCCAUAAUAUACAAAUAAAACAGCUUGUCUACGACUAAUAAUGGGAGGACAGUUGGACGUAAGCUACUGUAGUAAAAAGGACAUAUGCCUAUAUCCACACAAGCUUCUAUAGAUAACCUUAUGGAAAAUCUAUGACAGCCCUGCUUGACAAAGCCCUGGUUAAGCCUUAUAAUGUAACUGUCCCAUGUGCGUGAAGGUUUAGCAUGACUGCUGUUCCACAAUAACAUUUGUCCCACAGUCCCACAGAAUGUCAUUCACCAAAAAGUGGCCAAUACAUUACACAUUUGCAACGAGAACCAAUUUUGUGGUUGGCCCAGGCACCUAGAUCUAACAUUAUACAAUGGGUUUGAAAGUGAACAAAUUCAUCUGUGAGCGGUUUAGGAGAGUGUGUUGGUGACAGAGAGCGAGUGCGCGACUUCGGUUGCGUAUGAUUCAUCAUGGCGAGUGUUACAGCCGUUCCCUCAUCAGCGAACGCUCCAUCUCUCAAGGGCUCUGGUGAUGAUGUUUCCACCAGUAACGGCAUGGAAGACAGCAUCCACAGCUUCAAGGUAGCUGAUCUGGUCAUUGAGCUGUCCCAGACCCACAAGGCCAAACCUGACCUGACCAAUCUGGUGUUUGGAACUGUGUUUUCUGACCACAUGCUGACCAUAGAGUGGACCAACGCUGGAGGCUGGCAGAAGCCUCACAUCAAGCCCUUUGGUAACCUGUCUCUCCACCCGGCCUGCUCAGCCAUGCACUACGCUGUGCAGUUGUUUGAGGGUAUGAAGGCAUACCGAGGUACUGAUGACAAAGUCCGUCUCUUCAGACCCAUGCUCAACAUGAACCGUAUGGCCAAGUCUGCAGAGAGGGCCUGCCUGCCGGCCUUUGACAGGGCAGAGUUGGUAGAGUGUAUCAGGAGGCUGGUACAGGUGGAUCGGGAGUGGGUACCCCAGUCAGACUCUGCCAGUCUCUACAUCCGACCCACCUUCCUGGGUACUGAGCGGUCUCUAGGAGUGAAGAAGCCGUCCCAUGCUCUACUUUAUGUGAUCCUGAGUCCUGUUGGUUCUUUCUUCAGUACAGGAGCUAAACCUGUCUCUCUCUGGGCCGACUCCAAAUACAUCAGAGCCUGGAGAGGAGGGACAGGAGAUUGUAAGAUGGGAGGGAACUAUGGAGCGUCUAUCUACGCCCAGCAUGAAGCAGUGGAUUAUGGGUGCCAGCAGGUCCUCUGGCAGUACGGAGACGACCAUCAAAUCACAGAGGUCGGAUCCAUGAACAUGUUCCUCUUCUGGAAUAAUGAGAAUGGAGAGGAGGAGCUGGCAACGCCCCCUCUGGAUGGACUAAUCCUACCUGGGAUCACGCGGCAGAGCAUCCUGGAACUGACCAGGAAAUGGGGGGAGUUUAAGGUGUGUGAGCGGUACCUGACCAUGGCAGACCUGCGCUGUGCUCUGAAAGAGGGCCGAGUUAAGGAGAUGUUUGGCUCUGGUACUGCAUGUGUGGUCAGUCCUGUGGGACGCAUACUCUACCAGGGAGAGAACCUACACAUCCCCUGCCAGGAGGAUUUCCCCCAGCUCGCCUCUAGACUGAGAAAGGAGCUCACAGAUAUACAGUACGGCCGGACCCAGAGUGACUGGUCUGUCCUCGUGUAACCAAGACACAGUGGUGUGGGUAUCUGGGACAAGCACACACAAACCGUAUAUGCAUAUACGCAGACAUACAUGCACACACACACACGUGUAACCUCUAUAUCAGUACAAUGUUGUAUGUGGGUAAGCUCUUUUAAAUGUGCAAUAAUCUUUCUCAGAUUGCAGUAUACUGGAUGUUCAGUUUGAAGUCCCAUCGGGUCAGUAGCAAUAUUAUUCCACUCUAAGUCUGCUCAAAAUGUGCACGACUUCCCCGUUCACACGCCCUGCCCUGCGCAGAACUGACCCACAGACGGUGCAGAUCUCAACAGUCUGCCCUGGUGUGUCAGCCCUGCUAAAGGGUUCACUAAAAUAUGACCAGCAGAAGAUUGAGAGGAGUAACGUUAGCAAUGAAUAGAGCGUUUUAGAAUUUUAUUUUCGAACAAAUAUAACAGUUUUAAAGUGAGCUUAAAUGGCGGACCAAGUUUCUCAAGGAAAGCACUUUAGUACUGCUUAAAGAGAAGGAUGAAUGAAUUCUAAGAGGGCACUGGAAAUAACCCUUGAUAUAGCAGAGUGAGAGAGAUCCCUGACGUCUGAAGCUUGGAACCUAGAGUGGUAGAAUGAUACACAAACCACUGGUAUCAAAGAAAGCACAAGUCGAAGUAGCACUACAAGCAGUAGUAAUAUCAUUCCAUGCCAGUUGCUGUACGCGAACAAGUGUGUGGCGUUUAAUGUCAAAAUGUAUGCUAUAUCUACGAUCUGUUGAUAGUGAUAUCUAAUCAAACAUAAUGCUGGCCGUUUGUGUGGUGAUGUACUAUCGGACCAAUGUCUGUAAUUUACUGUUGACCUGUAUCGCCUUGAUUGACAGAUAUCUCUCUAUCUGUACCUAGAAAGUGAAGCACAAUAUCUGUUUUAUGUCAAGUUCUAUAUAUACUUAGAUGGAAGAGAUAUAUUUAUGUCAUCGAUGCAAUGCGUCCAGUGAUACAAUAUUGCCUGUUCUGUUGAUCCAAAUAAUAAAUACGCA